CCUUAGGGGUGGUAGCACUAAACUGACAUCCGUAUCCAUGGGCAACAUACUCUGAAGGAGUAGACUUGGUUGAUGAUGUCAUCUGUAUUCUGUGUAGCUGGGGGUGGUAUUGCCUGUAUGAUUCUCCAUACCCUUGGUAAGCACCCCACCUCCAAGUGGCUGUGAUUUUGUGCUUCUUUUGUGUUUCUUUGAUUCAGUAAUUCAGUUGGGUGUCCAAUGUCCAUCACUCACACGGCGUCCUCAGUCAUAAAACAAUCCUAUCAAAGUGAAAUCAGUUUUUUUGCUUCAUUACUAAAUUAUUGGUAGCAACAUAACUAUGUUAUUAAUCAGUUUGUAAUGAUUGAUGUGUACCCCUAACCCCUUUACAAUUUAGGCUACACGACAUUGGAAAAUAAGUAGCCUACUGAUAUAUGAAAUGCUAUUUAUGUAUUUAUCCGAAAUAAACUGUCAAUACGCAUCAGCUAAAAGCUUUUUAAAGGGGAUGUGGAGAGAGGAAGAGAUACGGGGGGGUGUUUGACUAAGAGCACAGCAGACCGCUCCCUCCGGACUACAGCAGCCUAUAUUCGGAGUCGUUGUGCAUGGUAGGCUCAAAGGGCAGGCUGCGGCCCAUUCCCAGGGAUGCAAAAAUAGUCGGAAAACAAGCUGCGAUUAGCGCGCGUAGGAAUGCGACCCAAAUUGAAGUGGUGUGUUUUUGGGAAUCUGUGCGGCUUUCCAUGGAGUAAUGUUUCACCUCUUUAGUAAAUCAUCUCAUCUGAUGCCGAGGCUGAAGGAGUCUCGCAGCCACGAGUCGUUGCUCAGCCCCGGUAGUGCUGUGGAGGCCGUGGACCUCAGUAUGGAGGAUGAGGUGCUCAUCAAACCUGUUCACAGCUCCAUCCUCGGACAGGACUACUGCUUCGAGGUCACCACUUCAACGGGAACUAAGUGUUUCUCCUGUCGAUCGUCAGCCGAAAGGGACAAAUGGAUGGAGAACCUGAGGAGAGCCGUCCACCCCAACAAGGACAACAGCCGCCGGGUGGAGAACAUGCUGAAGCUGUGGAUCAUCGAAGCCAAGGACCUUCCUGCCAAGAAGAAGUACUUCUGCGAGCUGUGUCUGGACGACGCGCUGUACGCCCGCACCACCUGCAAGCUCAAGACCGACAACGUCUUCUGGGGCGAGCACUUUGAGUUCAACAACCUCCCGGCCGUCAAAAGCAUCACGGCCCACCUCUACAAGGACUCGGACAAGAAGAAGAAGAAAGACAAGAACAACUACAUUGGACUGGUCAACAUCCCCGUCGCCGCGGUGACUGGGAGGCAGUUCAUGGAGAAAUGGUACUCUGUGAGCACGCCGACGCCCAAUAAGGGUAAGACGCCAGGCCCCAUGAUCCGGAUCAAGGCCUGCUACCAGAGCAUGAACAUCCUGCCUAUGGAGAUGUAUAAGGAGUUUGCAGAGUACACCACCAAUAACUACAUGUUGCUGUGCUCUGUGCUGGAGCCUGGCAUCAGUGUGAAGAACAAGGAGGAGAUGGCUUCUGCCCUGGUCCACAUUCUACAGAGCACCGGCAAGGCCAAGGACUUCCUGACUGACCUGAUGAUGUCAGAGGUGGACCGGUGUGGGGAGAACGAGCACCUGAUCUUCAGAGAGAACACGCUGGCCACCAAGGCUAUAGAGGAGUACCUCAAACUGGUGGGGCAGAAGUACCUGCAGGACGCACUUGGUGAAUUUAUCAAGGCGCUGUAUGAGUCAGAUGAGAACUGUGAGGUGGACCCGUCCAAGUGUUCGUCCAAUGACCUGCAGGAGCACCAGAGCAACCUGAAGAUGUGCUGCGAGCUGGCCUUCUGCAAGAUCAUCAACUCCUACUGUGUGUUUCCACGGGAACUGAAGGAGGUGUUUGCGUCGUGGCGACAGGAGUGCAGUAGCCGGGGCCGACCGGACAUCAGCGAGCGUCUGAUCAGUGCGUCUCUGUUCCUGCGCUUCCUGUGUCCGGCCGUUAUGUCACCGUCGCUCUUCAACCUGAUGCAGGAGUACCCUGACGACCGCACCGCACGCACACUCACGCUCAUCGCCAAGGUUACUCAGAACCUGGCCAACUUCACCAAGUUUGGCAGUAAGGAGGAGUACAUGUCCUUUAUGAACCAGUUCCUGGAGCACGAGUGGACCAACAUGCAGCGCUUCCUGCUGGAGAUCUCUAACCCGGAGACCAUCUCUAACACAGCAGGGUUCGAAGGUUACAUCGACCUGGGACGGGAGCUGUCCACCUUGCACAACCUGCUGUCAGAGGUCGUCUCUACCAUGGACCAGACCUCCGCCUCCAAACUGGGGCCUCUACCCAGGAUCCUCCGGGAGGUGAACACAGCGCUGACCAACCCUUCCAGUAUGACCAUGACCACGACCGCUCCGUCCCCCUCUGACCGUACGGGGUCUCCGCCCAACGCCGGGGCAGGCUGCAGCAUCUCCACCGGCCUGCAGAAGAUGGUCAUCGACAAUGACCUCUCAGGGUUGGUGGACUUCACCAGGUUACCCUCCCCGACCCCGGAGAACAAGGACCUAUUCUUCGUCACCAGGAAUUCUGGGAUCCACCCCUCUCCGGCCCGCAGCUCUAGCUACUCCGAGUCCAAUGAACCCGAGCUGGGCAUUGCCAACGGCAGCAAAAGCCUGUCCAUGGUGGACCUGCAGGACCCCCGCAUCUUAGAGAGCGGCCCCUCAGACGGACUGGGAGAGGGCAUCGUUCCUGGGGGAGUGUGGUCGGCCCGGACCCCCCAGGGUAACAUCAUUGGAGGUCCUACACUGAGGAGGCCGGUCCAGAUCCCCACCACCCCUGGGUCGGAGAGCGCCCCAGGCAGGCCGGCUCAGCUUCUAGCCCCCCUGUCCUUCCAGAACCCCGUCUACCAGAUGGCGGUAGGGCUGCCAGUGUCGCCGCGAGGCAUGGCCGACUCAGGCUCCGAGUGCCACAGCUCCCACAGUUCCCAUAGCAACAACGAGGACGGGCUGGGAGGAGGAGGGAAGCAUAACACCUUCCUGAACCACGGAGGAGGAGGAGGAGGUGGGGGGAGUAGCGGGGAGGAGUAUGCACGUCGUUCGGGGGAGUUUGUAGGCACGCGGAGGCAGCUGUCACUCACAGAGGCCCAGCCCACCAUGCCCAGACAAAACAACGCCGGCCCCCAGCGCAGGAUAGACCAGCCCCCUCCACAGACCACCGUCACCAGGGGCCGCACGCCUCCCAACCUGCUCAACAGCGGGCCCUACCCGCGCCCCUCCAGCGGCAGCAUGAUGUCAUCAUCGCCCGACUGGCCCGGCAGUGGCGCGCGGCUACGGCAACAGUCGUCGUCAUCAAAAGGAGACAGCCCCGAGACCAAGCAGAGAGCCCAGCACAAACAGGCCCCCUCCCCAAUGAACCCCAAUGCGCUGGACCGUACGGCUGCCUGGCUGUUGAAUAUGAAUGUGCAGUAUGUAGACCAUGAGGGGAUGGACCCCGAGUUCAGAAACAGAGAGGAUCUCACUCAGGCCGAGAAGUACCAGCAGGAGAUCGUGGUCCUCCAGGAGAAGCUGCGUGUGUCGGUCCAGAAGCUGGAGGAGUACGAGGCUCGUCUGAAGGGCCAGGAUGACGGAGGUCCGAAGGUUCUGAUGGAGUACCAGGCACGGCUGGAGGAGUCUGAGGAACGCCUGAGGCGGCAGCAGGACGACAAGGACCUCCAGAUGAAGGGUAUUAUCAGCAGGCUAAUGUCUGUGGAAGAGGAGCUGAAGAAAGACCAUAGUGAUAUGCAGGCUGUGGUCGACUCCAAACAGAAGGUCAUUGAUGCACAGGAGAAGCGUAUAGCGUCUCUUGACGCAGCCAACGCCCGUCUGAUGAGUGCUCUGACCCAGCUGAAGGAGCGUUACAGCAUGCAGACCCGUAAUGGCAUCUCCCCGACCAAUCCCACCAAGCUCCAGAUCACUGAGAACGGAGAGUUCAGGAACAGCAGCAACUGCUAGAGAGAGACUGAUAGAGGGUGUGUGUGUUUGUGUGUGUGCGCACGUGUGUGUGUGUUGGCUGGUGCUUGUAGAGGUCACUUCCUUAUAUGGACACUAAACGGGGGUUAGUCUGAGUGAGGAGACCACUGUGAGGGGCCAAGCAGCGAGGAGGCGGGACUUCAGUUUGACAGACAGCUGACCAAGUCAGUGACAGCGAAUCAAUGGACAGAGCUGAACACCAGUGGGCCCUGCAGAGGAGGAGGCGGGACAAACUGUAGAUAUGAACUGAACGCUCCAUUAAUCAACCGAUUUGGAUGUUUCCAUUGGAUGUAUCCAGUUGCUGGGACAAUUUCAGACUCUCUUCCCUAAAGCUUUGGACAAAUCACUAUAAUCAACACAAUGUCUGUCUGUCAAAUAGUCACCCAAUCCUCUCUCUUCCCCUCUCCUCUGUUUUCCUGACCUCCUCUCUUCUCUGUUACGACCAGGUCAUGUGGACCGUGUACAAAACAAAACAAUAAUAACAGAAAAAUAAUUUAUAGUAGUGUUAAAUCUCAAAGAAAAGUAUUUUUGUCCAAUGGUUUAUUUAGAUCUUAUCUCAUUCUUUUAAAAACCAAAUAUGAGCUUUGAAAUAUGUUUUUGUCCAGACUGAUAUUCCUGUUUAAGUCCUUGGGUGUGUUCCAAAGUGCCCCGCAAUCCCGUACAAUAAUAAUACUUUUGGGGGGAAUUUUAGUUUGUGCUCAAAAAGACUGUAAAAUUACUAUGAAUUCAGCAAAAAAUGUGUUUAAUUUAGGAAAUCCGUUCCUAAGUAUUCCCAAAAAUAAAAUAUAUAUAUAUAUUUUUUUUAAACAUGCAGUGGCUUCAGAAAGUAUGUUACGUUGCAGCCUUAUUCUAUUUUUUUUAUUCAUUUUUUAAAUCCUGAGCAAUGUACACACAAUAUCCCAUAAUGACAAAGCGAAAACAGGUUUUUAGAAAUGUUUGCAAAUGUUUUACAAAUUUAAAACAGAAAUACCUUAUUUACAUAAGUAUUCAGACCCUUUGCUAUGAGACUCGAAAUUGAGCUCAGGUACAUCCAGUUUCCAUUGAUCAUCCUUGAUGUUUCCACAACUUGAUUGGAGUCCACCUGUGGUAAAUUCAAUUGAUUGGACAUGAUUUGGAAAGGCAAACACCUGUAUAUAUAAGGUCCCACAGUUGACAGUGCAUGUCAGAACAAAAACCAAGCAAUGAUGUCGAAGGAAUUGUCCGUAGACCCCGACACAGGAUUGUGUCCUGGCACAGAUCUGGGCAUGGGUAACAAAAAAUUCUGCAGCAUUGAAGAUUCCCAAGAACACAGUGGCCUCCACUAUUCUUUAAUAGAAGCAAUCGGGGGAGAAGGGCCUUGGUCAGGGAGCUGACCAAGAACCCCGUGGUCACUCUGACAGAGCUCUAGAGUUCCCUUGCGGAGAUGGGAGAACCUACCAGAAGGACAACCAUCUCUGCAGCCCUCCACCAAUCAGGCCUUUAUGGUAGAGUGACGGACGGAGCCACUCCUCAGUAAAAGGCACAUGACAGCCUGCUUAUAGUUUGCCUAAAGACCCCCCAACCAUGAGAAACAAGAUUUUCUGGUCUGAUGAAACUCUUUGGCUUUAAUGCCAAGCGUCACGUCUGGAGGAAACCUGGCACCAUCCGGACGGAGAGGCAUGGUGAUGGCAGCAUUAUGCUGUGGGGAUAUUUUCCAGCAGCAGGAACUGGAAGACUAGUCAGGAUAGAGGCAAAGAUGAAUGGAGCAAAGUAGAGAUCCUUGAUGAAAUCCUGCUCUGAAGCGCUCGGGACAGACUGGGGUGAAGGUUCACCCUCCAACAGGACAACGACCCUAAGCACACAGCCAAGACAACGCAGGAGUGGCGCCAAGACAACGCAGGAGUGGCUUCGGGACAAGUCUCUGAAUGUCCUUGAGUGGCCCAGCCAAAGUCCGGACUUGAACCCAAUUGAACAUCUCUGGAGAGACCUGAAAAUAGCUGUGCAGCAACGCUCCCCGUCCAACCAGACAGAGCUUGAGAGGAUCUGCAGAGAAGAAUGGGAGAAACGCCUCAAACACAGGUGUGCCAAGCUUGUAGCGUCUUACCCAAGGACACUCGAUGCUGUAAUUGCUGCCAAAGGUGCUUCAACAAAGUAAAGGGUCUGAAUACUUAUGUAAAUGUGAUAUUUAAUCGUUUUAUUUUUUAUUAGCAAACAUUUCUAAACACCUGUUUUUGCAUUGUCAUUAUGGGGUAUUGUGUGUAGAUUGAUGAGGGGGAGGACGAUUUAAUCAAUUUUAGAAUAAGGUUGUAACGUAACAAAAUGUGGAAAAAGUGAAGGGGUCUGAAUACUUUCCGAAGGCACUGUAUGUGACUGUGUAUCAAUGUAAUCAAGGUAUGAAAUUAUUAUUUUCAAAUACAAUCUUCUUUUGGGCUUAGUUGUGGUCAAUUUGCAGUGUACAAAUUAUUAGAACAAUGUUCCGGUCCCCAACCAUCCGCUCCGUCAAAAAUAGUCCCGCAGCAGAAUCUAGUUGCCUACUCCUGCCCUACCCCAGGGCUGUUCAAUGUCAGUCCUGGAGGGUCGAAACACUUCUGGGUUUCAUCCUCUCCCUAUAUAGUGCACUUUGUGAAAGCUAUUGGUACAUGAAACGCCUUAAGUAAGGAACACAUCUCUACUUUGUCCUUCAGACCCCCUAUUCCUGCAAAAAAAAAGGCACGUGUUAUGAUACUGUGGAUUUGUAAAGGAAUAUAAAUAUAUUGUACAAAUACAUCACGCAAUGUGUUAUGAACACUAAAAUCAUGACCUGUAUGUGAAAAUAUAUUCAUGAAAUGUAAGAUAGAUGUAUGCAUAUUUCAUUUUUCCUCUAUAAAGUAUUCAUGAGAUAUAGAUAUAUUUGGUCAUGUCAAAUACAAAAGACGCCCGUUCCAAGGAGUGGGUGAUUGCGGCUAUAGUGUGUAUUAUAGGGCUUCGGGGGAGGGAGAGACUGCACACUAUGCUGUGAGUAGCACCAUCAACAGAUGAAUUACAAUCCUGUUUUAUUGAAGAAAUCUUAACCUUUACUUUAUCCAGGUUUUGGAGACAGACCUGGUUGGAUUGAGGUUUGCUUUAGUGCUUCAUCAAUAAUGUUGCAUCGACGUUGAAACAAUGAUGUAUGUUGGUUGUGUGUCACUUUGCGUUCAGGACCCUCGCCAUGGCUGGUCUGAUAGCCCUGUAGCACAAGGACAGAGAGAGUUGUGUUGUUGAACACAAUAUUAUACUGUACACUGGACUGGUGUGUGUUAUAUGUGAACUCACAGGUUAGAAUCGUACUCUUUCUUAAAACUCUCCUGUUUGCUAAUUCAUGUCAAAGAAGCAUGCUGCAUAAAGACUGUGACCCCCCCACUUCGCUUCGAGGCAUCUAUCUCUCCUCUCCUCUUUUUCUCUCCCCUUCUCCCUCAUUCCCUCUCUCUAUUGAAUGUGAAGAUGCUACUCAAACACACGGUUGAUCUUAAUGUGGGGUCUAGGCCUUAUUGUCCCUGAAUGAUCCUAUAGCUACUGUUCCGCUUGCUCCCACCAGCCCACAGGCAUUUUCAGCAUCUAUAUUUUGUAUAUUUUUGUAUUCAUUUUUCUUACAUUUACAGAUUAGUUAAGGAUUGAAAAAAUCUGCAUGCUUCGUUUUGGCGCUAUAACGAAUGGUAGCGACCCACUGCGACACCAUUCAAAAAAAAAAAACGUUUCCAAUAUAGGAAGAUGAUGAAAUGUUGUUUUUAUGAGUUGCCGCAGACAUGAUUUAUAUGUGAUUAUAUAUCAUAUAAAUAUAUGAUCAUGAUGGGUGUAUCAAGAGGCUGGAUAGCCUUGGAGACGAGAGUGUAGAUAAAAUGUUCACAAUAUUUUUAACUAAUGUUAAAAAGAGAGCCUUUUUUUGUAAAUGUACCUUGUGUUCAAUAAUACUGCUGUAUCGAUUGAUAUGACAUCAUGGAUAUUGUAAAUAGCUCAACCAGCCAUCUGUCCUGUUCAGUUAGAUCUCCAGGUUUUAGCGCAAUUCUCUAAUCCCCCCGCAUUCAGUAUUCUCUUUUUUUAAUCAAGGGAAAAACACUUCAAAAGUAUAUUGCAAAAAAAUUUAAAUGACUAUGUUGACUCUGAGAGGUUUUGGAUGAUGUCUGGUGUGUACAGGUCAGAGAGAGUCCAAACGUCCAGCGACCUAUGACCCAAUCAGGUGUGGUGAGAGAGAAACACAAGCACAAAACCCCAUUUGUCAUCAGCCCAGCUCUGCACUUUUACAAUGGAGGUUUUAAGCAUUGAUAGAGCUGGAUUCAAACCUUAUCGGAUUUAAAUUCAAAGGCAUUGUUCCCGCGUUCGCAGAGACUUACUUACUUCGCUCCUUUGGGAGCUCCCUUGUGGGUUCCAGUUAUAGCGCUUGCCUGGUGAUGUUGGAGGGGAACUUUCGGAGGGUGAGGCCGAUCCAUCCCCAUCUUCUCCUCCGGAUCUCCUCUUCCACCAGAACCUGGCUGGUGCGCUCCCACAGGUCAAUGUUACUGACUCUGUCCAUCCAUCUGAUGUUAACGAUGCGUCGCAGGCACUUGUUUAUGAAGCUCUGAGUUGUUGUUAUUGUGGGUUUUGUUGUCCUCCGUUUGUCUGAGCCAUACAGCAUCACUGACUUAAUAUUGGUGUUGAAAGGGUUUGUGUUUUUUAUUUUCCUGGAGCUCCAGAUGUUUCUUUGGGAGAUGAAGGCUACUCUUGCUUUUUGAAUUCUGCCUUUACACGCUGCUCGGUUUCGCCUUGUUUGGUGAUGACGCAUCACAGAUAGGUGAAGGAACUGGCAUCCCCCAGGGGUUCUUCUCUGAGGGUGAUUGGAUUGUUAGAUUCGAUGUUGAUCGUCAUCUUGGUUUUGUUUCCGUGGAUAUGGAGUCUUGGUUGGGAUGAUGUGGCGUCCAGGUCUGACGUUUUAUCUUGCGUUUGCUGUUGACUGUGUGACAGGAGUGCUAGAUCCUCCGCAGAGUUGAGGUCGUCCAACUGUGUCCAUAGAGACCAUUGUAUGCCAUGUCAUCUGUUCUCGGUUGUCUUCCUCAUGAUCCAGUCAAUGUCUAACAGGAAAAGGAAGGGUGACAGGAGACAUCCCUGUUUUUCUCCAGUCAGGACUCUGAAGGGUGUGCUAAGCUUGCCGGCAUGCACAACCCUGCAUGUUAUGCCAUUGUAGGUAGUGCAGAUCAUUCUGACAAGCCCUGGUACACCAUAGUGUCUGAGGAGCCUCCAUAGGGCGUCUCUGUCUAGGCUGUCAAAUGCUUUCUCAUAGUCCACGAAGUUGACAUACAGGGAUGAGUGUCAGUCAACGGAUUGCUCGAAUGUAAUGCGGAGCGUGGCCCAUUCGCGGAAACUGCAUUUACCCGUAAACGCUGCAUAUGUCAGCUCAAUUGGAAAUGAUCUAGACAUUUUAACGUGGAUCUUCCACGACACGGAUUGAAUCCAGCUCGUAGUCUACGUUCCAUAAACACACCCCUGUCUUUUGGACUGCAGAAGUGUGCACUCCUGGCUUGAUCAGCCAUGUCGUGGAGUGCACUACUGAGUGCAAUACUCAUAUAAUUUGCUCACUCAAUUGACUUCAAUUGUCUAUUUAAUGUCCAGCAUUUUGAGGGGAAAAGAGAUGACUGACUGUUGUAGAGAGGACUUAAUGAAGUCAAGACUUCUGUCUUUAGGGGUGUGUUCUCUCUAGUCCUCUGUAUAGUCUCUACCUCUAAAGUGAAACAGGAAAAGGAAAAUGCCAACUCUCCCAAAUCAGCUAGUUUAAUAGUGGUAUAAACUGUCAUUAUCUAUUAGUGUUACCAGUGCCACAUUGCAUUGCCUAUUUCUAUGUGAGUGACAUUAUGCUAUGUCCUUCAUUUGGCUAUCAAUUCUAAAUCCUCUGUAUGUUUCUGGUCACGUCCCACCUCUGUUCCACAUUCAUUAAGUUGUUAAAGAAUGUAGGAGAGGAGAGUCAGAGAGAGAAAUGUGAUGAUGAUGUCUCUGUAGCCACACACACACACAAUUAUACAGUACAUACAGUGCAGUUACAGCCAGUGGAAAAAAAAUACUAUAAACUAAAAAUAUAUCUAUAAAUAAAGUAAAAGAUGUAUGUUUUCUAAUAUCUUGUAGAAAAUGCUUUUGUAAUGAUGUUGAAAGUAAAGUAUUUGCUGGAUUCUGCUUCCUUGGACAACAGUGACAAAAACAAUAAUGUACAGAGGAAUUUGUUUGUGUUGACGAAAUAUAUAUAAAAAAAACAAUGUGGCUGUGCAAUUUAUGUACAUUUGCAACUAGACUUAUUAAAGUUUUAUUUAGCUAUUUUAA